AAAGGAAAGAUUUCAGUGUGUACUACUAAGCAGCAAAAACUGAAUUUGAAAUUGCUACAAUAUUGAAUUUGCUACAACAUGCCUGAAAGAGAUCCCCUCGGGUCAAUUGGAGCUGUUUAUCAAAGAAACAGCAAGCUACUGAAACCACAUACUGAUUCAACCAGGAGACCUCACCAGUUUGUACUUCAGACAAGAGAAGAUGAAGAACUCUCUGCUGGCAGCUAUCUUUUUACUUGUUAGAGAUUCCUGCCGCUGCACAGACUGGGACUCUCCGUUCUGCCGGCAGCUGCCAGAUUGGGACAAUGAAUUGGUGUGUUACAAAGAAUUAAGUGAGGAUCUAACCUGUACCUGGCUGCCAGUACCUAGUGCUGCAAAUACAGUUAAUUAUACUGUAUACCUAAAAUGGAACAAAAUACAAAAACUUUUUCAGCGAAACACAUCAUCCCCUUCCAUCACAAUAGAACGAAAGAAUCUCUACAUUGAGAGAUUUGCAACCAUUUGGAUAGCAGUGAAUUAUGGCCAUGACACCUGUGCAAAAGGAAAGAACAUCUCAGUUUUACCAAGCAAAGCAGGAAAGUGCUUGUCACCAUCUAACAUAAAUGCUUAUCAGAUCACAAACCAAUUGAUAAUAAAGUGGGACCUGCCCACAGCUCAUACACCAUACGAGCUGAGAUACAGAGAGGCACUCACAGAAUCUGCUCCCUGGACACUGGUGCCUGUGGGAAGCAAUGUUUUCAAUGUCACCAUUUCAAAUUUAAAUGCUAUGUCUUCAUACAUUGUUCAGCUCAGAUGCAUAACCAAGGAUGGUCUCAACUGUGUUUGCAUUUGGGGCAAAGAGGUUUUGGUCCCUCACAAACUCACGAAUGAGCCAAGAAUAUCAUAUAAUGUAACUACACAAGUGUCUCCAGGAAGAAGAAGUGUUCUUCUGAAGUGGGAGGUAGCACAAAGUGAGAAUGUCCUUGGAUAUUAUGUUAAUGUGGAAAGAAUACCCAAUAGCUGCAGCCAACCACCAAAUCACAUCUCUCUCAAAGACAGAAAAAUUCUUGUUAAUCUCUCCAUGGCUUACUAUAGACUUAAUAUUUCUGCCUAUAAUGAAGCAGGAGAAUCUCCACGAGCUAUCUACAUUGUCCCAGAAUUCUCUGUAACAGACUUGCCUGGUCAAAUCCAUGUCAAAAGCCAGGGAGCAAAUGCAGUUGUCACAUGGACUCCAGAAUACAAACCAAAAUGUUUUGUGGUUGACUGGGGCACUAGUAAAGAGAAUAUGCACAUGAAAAUAAUAACUACGGCUACUGGAAAUUUCACAUUAGACAGUUUUCAGCCAUAUAAGUUGUACAAAAUAAUGGUACAUGUAUCUGAUGUGUGUCAGUGUGAAAGUUUCAUAAGACAUGAAAAGACUUUUGGAGUGACCCACUUUUACUUCGUUGAAGGAGUUCCUAGGACUGGUCCCGCUAAUGUGACAAUUCUGAAUAUCACAAAGCAUUCUGCACUUGUGAAGUGGACUGAAAUAGCUGCAGAAGACUGUUUGGGCUUUCUCCGGGGAUACAGGAUCAGUUACACAGAUUCAUCAAGGAAAAAGUCUCCAGCUGUUACUCUCAAUGCUUCUAUCACAAGUUACCAUCUUACUGGACUGAAGGAAAAGACCACCUAUCGUGUGCAGAUUUCAGGAUUCACCAAUGCUGGAGAAGGAGCUCUGACUCUUUCACAACCAUUCAGCACUCCAAAAUAUGAUAAAGGAGAACUUGAAGGUUUUGUGAUUGGCCUUUGUUUCACCAUGAUACUCAUUCUGGUUUUUGCACCUGUCACUUGUUCUCUGGUGAUUAAGAGGCUGAAAAAAUCAUAUUGGCAUAGUGUACCCACCCCAGGAAGCAGCACUGCACUCCAAGACAUGACUAAUUGGAAACAUGUUUCAAGGUCACUGCUCCAGGCCUUGUCAGACAAUGAUACCACCAGCCUUUUCAUCAUAGAGCACGAAUCAAAGGUUCCUCUGACGCUAGACCUCUCCACAGAUGGUGGAGAAGACAACAAGCAUGACACCUGCCAGUCAGAGAAACCUAGCAAUAACACAGUUAUGAGCCCAAGGCAUGAAGAAAUCCCUGCAGAAGCAGUUACAAGUGAAGAAGACACCAUUUCCACAGAAGUACCACUCUUGAGUGACUAUGCCAGCAUGGAGUUUAGUCAGAAAGCCCUGAUGAGUCUGGCAGUGAGCACACCUGAAAGAACUGCUCAUCCUCAUCUGAAAAUAGAACUAAGCAGCAAGCCAGCACAAACUGUGGUUUUGUGUGCUUCCCAGGACUACCUCAAACAAAGCCAGGUGGUACUUCUGCCAUCUGGACCAAAUUUCAUGGGACAAGCCAACUAAACCUGAAGCAUCAUCAUUAUUUUCCUUACCAUAAAAUGAAAUUCCAAAUCUUGUUGUACUUCAGUGGAACCACUAGGACCAUAUGGGACAGUGAGCUUGUGACAAUAGUUAUCUCCACUAAAGUAAGUUUCCUUGGCAAAAUAGAUUGAUUGUAUUAUUAGAUUAGCUAUUUCACGACAGUCAUCCAGAGGAAAGUCCCACCACCUUCACACAGGCAAAACCUUAAGGGACUUACAUGAAAAAUCUUUCAGUAAAGUACCUCUUGCUUGGUAUUUUGUUCCAGGGCAUUCAGGAGCCAUUCAAGGUUUCCACUCUAAGCACAAUAUCAUUGUAGAUAUCAGAAAAAUUCUCUACUCACUAAGACCAGCUUCAGAUCUGAUUUUCAGAUCCAGUAGGUUUCUUCACCAAAAAUAAAUUGCAGCAAAAGUAUCUACCACUUCAAAGAUGAUCUCCAGUUGAUCAAAGCUGGUCACAAAAAUUAGUGCAAAUCUUUCAAAUUAGGAAUCAAAAGUUUGCUUAUUGAUCUAUGUAAAACACCAUUAGUGUUUUACAUUCCAGAACUUUACACCUUUAGUCAUUGUAGAUAAAUAGUGCUGUGUAAGUAAAGAUGAUAAUAAGUUUUAUUAACAGUAUUGGAGUUGUUACUUGUAUUAAAUUAAGGCUAUUUCCUCCUACAAUUACCCACACAUUCAGAUAAACCCAUCCAUAAUUUGUGAUGAGGUGUAGCUGCAGAUAUGUUUUCACACUGCAAUGACAAUAACUGUUAGACUUCAGGAGCUGAGCAGAUAUUUCAAGUACCCAUACCUCCAAAUAUUGCAUGGAAGAGGAGCCACUGGAAUACAGGGGAUAAAAGGGUCUUCCUCAAUAUGCUUUCUAUGCAACUCCAUCAUGUAUCUCCACAAUGCAAGGAGUCUGAACCAUUUUCAGGCUUACAAGAGUUUCUCAGUCAUUAACUCUCCAAGCAUUAAUGGUCUGCACUUAUUGUAGAAGACCCAGUUUAUUGUUGUUGUCUCAAGUUUAAGGAGCAUUUUACUAAAAUUGCUUUGUGCAGAAAGAAAUUGAUCAACUGUAUCAUAAGCACCAGAAAAUCCAUAGAUGGACAUUUUUAAAAUUUUUUUCAUUAAAAGCGAAGGAUGAUUGGCCUUCACACAAAUAUUUCCACCCAUACUAAGCAGUAAGAAUUAUAGAAUAGCCAUGCUCACAAAAACUCAGAGAAAUUCCAUAUUCCCACUUCAUUGAUUCAGUGAGAAUCCUUAACAGAAAACCUAGUUUAUUAAUUUUCCUUAUUUAUAUUCACUCUCUCUUUAACUAUAUCUCUCUAUAUCUGUUAAGACUGCCAGGAACAAACCUGUAUUUCACCGUGGGUUAUGCACUGUAUUUUUUCUUAGCACUUAAAAUUCAUUGUUUUCCCACAAAGCAAUGUGCACUUAUAGCUGUUAAAUCUUGCAAUUAAAACAAGGGGUAAGAGAAGCACUGCCUAGAGACUGCACAACUUUGGACAGUCUUUUAAAUAUCUUUCUUCUUUUCUGAACUUUAAUCUGGUGACUUUGCCUGAUUUGAAUUUAGGAGAAUGCAAAUGAUCCUGCUAUUAGUGGAGAUAUUUUUACUUGUAAUUUCAAGUAGUGGUAUUGAAAUGCUAUUACAGACAAUGAAGUCCUUAUAUAUAAUCUUUAUCAAGUAGUCAUAAUUUGUCCCUUUCCAGAAUAUAAGAAUUACCCAUGCUCGUUACUUUCAGCAUUUCUUUCAUUUCUGAUCAAAGAAACUUAUUUUCCUGGUGCAUACCUUCAAUAGCUUUACUCAUCCCUGUAAACACCAAAUUCUUCUUUUCAUACUGUGCACCUAACAAACUAAUAGGUAUUAUUCAGUUAUGGAUAAAAUAUGUAUAAAGUAAGUAAAACCAAACCAAAGCCUUGCAAGCAGUUCCAGUACAUGAAACAGUCUUGAUACAGGAAACUCAACAGACAGAUUGGGCUUUUAACCUGGUGACUAUCAACUCCACUCUACCAGCCAUUGUCUGACAUCUUGCUACAGAAAAUUCAUAUAGUAGAACAGGAGAGUUGUACUCGAACCACCCAUGGAUAUUAAAUAGAAGGUAUAGAUGUAUUCUACUUUCAGUUAUAAAGUUCACAAUAUAUGUAAUUCUUAAUUAUCUCAUUAGAGCAAUAUUUGCAAAAUGGCCAUAAACAGUGCAUUUGGGAGGAUAAGAGAUACAUGAAAAAUUCUGGUGUGGAGAUUAGAAAUAAAUUCAAAACUUGUCCCAUCAUGAUGUAUACUUUGAGAGCAAAGAAAGAACCUUUUAUGUGGAGAGAAAUAGAAAAGCACAUUUACUAAAUAGUUUCAUGCAGCCAAAAAGGAGGUUUAGUUGGAAUAAUGUACUUUGUGACAUUAGGACAUUAGGAUUAGGAGACAUACCAUGCUCAGGUCUUCAGGAUAGGGAAAUAUAGAUGUUUGUAGUAUAUGGUUUUGGUUGGCUCUUCUGUGGAGAUUUUUAGUUCAGUUAGAAGGGUCCUACAACAAUCAUCUAGUUGUACUUCCUGACCUCUUCAGGGAGUUUAAAAAACAGUGACUGCAGAAGCCUUCUUACCCAAAUAAACAUGUAAGAUAGUUUAUUCCAUGUGCUAUAGUACUGUUCAAGUGAUUGGUGUAGUGUUCUUAGCAUCAAUAUUCUUAGCUUCAAUAUAUGUUAUGUUGAGUGAAAUUGCAGAUAUGAAGGCUCAGGACCACAAAAGACAAGGUAUUUUAUAAUUAAAUUUUUGCUGGUUUUUCACUGUCAGCAUAGCUCUGGAUGAUCACUGUCAGCAUAAGUGAGAAUUAAGAAAUGGUGAAAGCUUAGACAACUGUAGACCUGGAAGCACAUCAUCAUUGUGAUUUAUAGCAUGGGAUAUUAUACUGCAAGGUUACAGUACUUUAGCAUUCUAUAUUUACAGAGAAAGGAAAGUAAUACUCAGUCUCUAAUACAGCACAAAGCUAGGUUAGUACACAUGUAUUUUUCUGGUAUCCAGAGUAGAUGUUUUUUCUUGCAUGGACAUGAGGACUUUUUAUGAUUUUUAAUUUUUCAUUAUAUUUUUAAUUUAGUGCUUAAAGUCAGACUACAGUGCAGUAGUUAGCUCCCAAAAUUAACACUGUAUCAGAGACAAAACAAACAAGGAAUCAUCCUUGCACAGGAGAUUGCAGCAACCACAAUAUUGUAGAGGUUUAUUCUGCAUUAGUUAACUAGUGAAUAAUAUCUAUCAACUAUCUACAAAUUCCCCCAGAAUCUAAGCCUUUAAGCUUACAGCCUUAACCCUUAGAGCCACUUUUAUGGCACAAUAGUAUCUGCAUUUGAGCAGAGCUGUCUGGAAAGCAGAGAACACAGGGGCAUCCUGUCAACUCAAGUAGUCUACAGUUAUUGCUACAAAAAUUGUCAAAUAAAGAAGCCCUUUGUGAAAGACCUCUGGUUAUACAGCAGAUACUCCUGGCUCGGUGUCACAGGCGGUUGGCUUGCCUGUUUCUCUCACCCAAUGGCACUGUGUGUCUGCUGCCUGAAUGUGGUUAAAUGUGUUCUGGUACAAUGUUGAUGGAAUUUCUAUGAACCUGGGUAAUAAAACUUGUGACAGCUUACACCACUCA